GUCAUUAUGUCCAAAAGAAAGUCUCCAGAGAAUACAGAGGGCAAGGAUGGAUCCAAACCAAUCGAACAGGAGACCACCAGACAGUCUGCCAGAUUGUCAGCGAAACCCGCUCCACCAAAAGCUGAACCUGAACCAAGAAAAACAUCUGCUAACAAAGAACCUGGCACAAAGACUAACAAAGGUACUAAAAGGAAAGAGGGAGAGCAAGAAGCUGUAAAGGAAGAUACCGCACCAUUCCAAACUGCUGAAACUAAAGCUGAAAAGGUGCAGAAAGCUGAACCUGUAGAUCACAGGGGAAUCAUCUCGACUCCUUCCUACUCAUCUCACAAGAGUAGGAAGAAUGCUUGUGCAAAGAAAGGUUCCCAAGUAACGGACAACACUUACGAGUGCACAAGCACGCUGCCUGUGUUCUCACCAUCACAGAGACAGCACUUUCCCUGGGGCUCUGCUGAAGCAUAG